GCGCCGCGCUGCCCCGGCGGCGCCCGCUCGCCCGCCCGCCAUGGUGUCAUGGAUCAUCUCCAGGCUGGUGGUGCUUAUAUUUGGCACCCUUUACCCUGCAUAUUAUUCCUACAAGGCUGUGAAAUCGAAGGACAUUAAAGAAUAUGUCAAAUGGAUGAUGUACUGGAUUAUAUUUGCACUUUUUACCACAGCAGAGACAUUCACCGACAUCUUCCUUUGUUGGUUUCCAUUCUAUUAUGAACUAAAAAUAGCCUUUGUAGCCUGGCUGCUGUCUCCCUACACAAAAGGCUCCAGCCUCCUAUACAGGAAGUUUGUACAUCCCACGCUGUCUUCAAAAGAAAAGGAAAUUGAUGAUUGCUUGGUCCAAGCAAAAGACCGAAGUUAUGAUGCCCUUGUGCACUUUGGGAAGCGGGGCUUGAAUGUGGCGGCCACAGCGGCAGUGAUGGCUGCUUCCAAGGGGCAGGGUGCCUUAUCAGAGAGACUUCGCAGCUUCAGCAUGCAGGACCUCACCACCAUCAGGGGUGACGGUGCCCCUGCUCCCUCCAGCCCGCCCACACCGGGGUCCGGGCGAGCCACCGGCAAACACGGCCAGCCCAAGAUGUCCAGGAGCGCUUCUGAGAGUGCUAGCAGCUCAGGCACCGCCUAGAGUUCUUCGAUCCCGCUUUAGGAAGAAAAGUACCUCAUCCUCAGCCACUGAAACCACGUGAGUGAGAUGAGCCAACAGCACCGGACCCACAGAAUGUUUCUUCUCUGCCUUAAAGAGCUAGUCACUAAUAACGUAGAAAUCCGCAAGCUGGCGUGCUUUGAGUAUGCAGCCUCACAGACACAGCCUUUUCUCUCUCCCCUCUUCCACUUGCAAGACUUUAAUUUUCCUUUUCUUUAUGUUGCUGGGGAGAGGCUAAAGGGAAAGGUAGUGUGAGGGGGGUGACCUUUAAGUCUUCUGAGGUUAGUAAUUUUCCACAAUUGGAUUGUCAGCAGUGUGUUUUUAGAAAUAUAAGAGAUCACCCUCACACCGCCAAGAUGUACAUUUGUAAUUUAUUUGUCGCAUACUUCGUUUUUAGUCCUGUAAAUGCAAACAGAGCGAUUUUUUUAAACUUUUUUUUGUUCUUGGUACUAAUACUUUGGACUACGAUGUACAUAUUUAUCGGUUUUGGCUUAAUCAGAUGGACUCGCAAGGGCUGCCAGAGGUUCUAAUAUGUAAGAAAACUACAAGAUGUGUAAAAAUUAUUUUGAUUAUAGAGAAUGUCUCCGAUGUGCUUCUCAAGCUUCUAAACACAACUCCAGUAGAACAU